AUGGCGACGCCGUCUUUUGACGCACAACAGGGCGCUUUUUGCACUGCCUCUUUGCAGACGCCACCAAUGCCUUUUAAAUUUGAGCUUAAUAACAUUGUAAAGUGCUGGCUGCUCGCCAGAUACGAUCAGGGUGCAGGUUAUCUGAACCUCUCUGGAAUUUGUAAUGAUAAAGAGUUGGCCACAGUUGUCUCGCAACUGCCGCCUGCAAAACGCCCAAUGGCUGCCAAAAUUUCCUUUGCCGUCGACUAUUGGACGUCCUUGAUUUUUUCUUCAAUAUAUGAACAUCUUCCAAAUGUGACGUCCAUAAAUUUGGCAAGCAAUGCUUUGAAAAGCCUAUCCCCGAUAAGCAACCUUAUAAAAAAAGACGAGUAUGGCAAAUCCAAAAGGGCCAACAGAAAUAUCUCCAAAGGACCCAAUAACCCGGCCAAUUUUGUGUCGUUGUUUGCGAAAAUCCAAUCGUUGAGCCUCUCCGACAACGAGCUUAGCUCGAUCGACGAAGUUAGGGAGUUCGUGUCCCUUUUAUACUCCAAUUCGGAGUGUAAGCUUGCCGAGCUUUUGGUGUCCGGAAAUCCAGCAAUCAAGGCAUCUUCGGUGGAUGUGAUUUUCCCACCAACCCCAAUUGUCCUGAUCUUCUUCUCUUUCGCAUUGAAGUUUCCCAAACUAUCAAUUUUAGAUGGUGUUUCGCUGGACGUGAUUAGACAAUCUGUUAAUAUGAAAAUGCCGCUCCCCUCUUCUUUCGAUGUAGGCUUGCAGGAAAUUCUUUCCCCCUUCCUGCAAGCCCUUAUCACAGGGCUCGACUCACAUGAUAGAACGUCUCUAAAAUCGUUAUAUUCGAACCAUUCUGAGGCAAGAAUAUCCUUUUAUCCGAUGCUUUUUUCGGAAAGCGCGAUUUCAGGUAUUUGUAGGCCACCUCCAGAUCUUGCCACUGUCGGGGCAAUUUGGGCGCACAUCCAAAAGUCAUUGUUAACAUCGUCCCAAAAGAAAGAUCUGUUUCUUCUUGGUCACGGAGAGGCUGGAAAGCCAGACCCGGUGACUUUUCAGAAAUCGCCUUCAAACAUUUCCGAAUUUCUUUCCCAGCUCUCACCUAUAAAACAUCUCAUGGAAUCUCUAUCGGUAAUUGCCUUCAAUGGGCGACCUCUGUUUAUUCCGGAGGGCGGCGAGAUUCCUGUGAUUCAAGUUUUUUUUUCCGGUCUUUUCUGUGAAGGUUCGUGUAUGCUUUCAUAA